AUGGCCAAAGAAAAUAAUGCGACAAUGGAGAUGAAUUCAACGUUGGAUUCAGUACAAUUUAUCUACUCUAUAAGCAAAAUAUUCGAAUUGUCUGCAGACAUCAUUAUUCUGACCACUGGAAUAAUCGGUAAUGUGUUAAUCAUUUUCUUUUUUACGAAACUACGUAUUUUCCGUGGAAAUCAAUGUGCUUACUAUUUGAAAAUUUGCGCAAUUACCGACAUGGGUGUUGUAAUCGCUAUGCUUCCAUCUAAUAUUGUGGGUUAUUUAAUCAACGAAAUUCUUGUAAGACUCACCGUGAUUUGGUGUAAAAUACAAUUGAUGUGUUCAUAUAGUUGUGGUCUGUAUUCUCUUUACACAAUAUGUUUCAUUGCUCUUGAUCAAUACUUAUCUACAAAUCAUCGGCAAAUUUGGCGACAAAGGAGCACAAUCAGACUAGCUCAUUGUUUGUCAUAUCUCAAUAUAAGUGUAGCUGUAUUUCACGGAAUCCUCUUUCUAAUUUUUGCGGAAAUUGGUAUAAUUGGAUGCACUAUUUAUCACCCGAUCGCUCGGAUUUAUUUCACUUUUUUCUAUUAUCCAAUACUGAGUGGUGUCCUUCCAUUAGCAAUCAGCAGUACAUUGGGUUUACUGGCAUAUAGAAACGUUCGUCGAAUUAUUCGAAGACAAAUUCCAAUAGUACGACGUCGACUGGAUCGUCAAAUGACAGCCAUAGCUCUUGCGAGAGUAUUAUGCAUUUUCAUAUUGGGUGUUCCAUUUCUUCUUGCCAGUCUUGUUGAAGCAAACACCAUAUAUAGUUUUCAAGAUCCAAGAGGAAGAGCUAUACUUAGUUUUAUAGUGAAAAUCACAUAUACAUUGCUGUAUGCUAAUUAUGGAAUCAAUUUCUAUGUAUUUUUGAUAAUUUCACCACGUUUUCGGCAUCAAAUUAAAAAUUUUAUUUUGAAAAAACGUUGGCGUCAAGUAACACGAGUGUGUAAUCAAGAAGUCGUCAGUCCAGUAAAUAACCAAUCUACACCCGAGAAUGACCCAUGCCCUGUGUCCGUUCUUGAAUCUGUAUAG